AGAUUCAUCAAUCAACAUAUAUGGGAAAAGCAAAGGGUGGAUCAAUUUUCAUCAGGCUGGUUUCGGCUGCAGGAACUGGAUUUUUCUACGUUAAGCGAAAGAAUCCUCGGAGAAUCACAGAGAAACUCGAGUUUCGUAAGUACGACCCACGAGUGAAUAAACAUGUUCUCUUCACAGAGGCAAAGAUGAAGUGAUAUCUUUCAUGUUUCUUUCCAAGCACCAUCCAACAUAGUAUCCUUCUCAAAAUGAAUGAUCUGUAGCAACUUUCAAUCUGUCAUUGGAUUUACUGUCUAGAAUUCCGUAUGUAGCUGCCUAGCCAUAUCUCUCAACCAUUAAACAAAUAGUUUGGUAUUCCAUGUUUAUGUUUGGAGUCCAGCAAUUAAUGUCAUUUUGGUUCAUAUAUUUUCUUGUUCA